CGCAAUCACUUAGUUGCCAGGCCAAUAUUUAGCAAUAAAGCUAAUGAAUAUUGUCCUUUUCUUUAAGAACUUUCCUUUUGAUCGCUCUUUAAAACUAACGUAACGUUUUGUGUAGCUUCAACGUAAGAUAGAACGAAUAAAAAUCGCAUAAAUAUUUAAUUCGUUAGAAAUAUGUAUUUACAAAUAGAACUAAUGGCUAUUGUUCGUUUUCUUUCAGAGCGUAAUUCUCGUUUUUGAAAUCCAGCAAUAAAAUAUCGAGACAGCAGUGCGGGAAGAAUGGAGAAAAAACAUCAGCUCGUCAUCGAACGAGCUCCCUUGAGUACUUUUCGAAAAAAUAUCUCUCGUGUAGGUGCGAGUGUCUCUCACGAGAUUCUGCGCGUCAUUUCCCGUGGAAUGGAAGGAAACUCCUAAGAGGAGGCUCGUACCCAGCCGGACUUGUCCGUGAGGCUAAACUAAUUUGCUGCGUGAGGGUAGUCGCUGGGUUGGAGCUUGAAGUGGGGUGACACAGGGUCGAGGCAGAUGGAAAGUUCAGAGGGGUUGAAGGGAGAGUCAUCUGAUUCCGCGUAGUGGGAGAACCGAAUUCCGAGUGACCAGUAAAAAUGCCACCCCACGCGGCCUUCCCAUUCCCCUCGCCCUUCGCCGCUUUCCUUCACUUUCUCUUUCCGCUUCGCUUUCUUCCCUUUUCUUCCCUUUCGUCUCCCUUCUCUUUCGGACCCUUUACCCUCACCAAGCCCACCUUCGGGGUGCAGGAAGGACUGUGAACUGGGGUAAAAGACUGCUCGUGCUGAGUCGCGAGGAGGACGGUGAUAGCUUAGAGACGCGCGGAUAUGUUCGCGUCUGUGGGUGAGCGCGAUCAUGUGGGUAGGCACCUUUUUUAACGCACUUGUGUGCAGGUGCGCGAGUCUGAGAGAGGAGGAAGUGCCUUAACGAAGAAAAGUUCUCAGUGACGGAUACCUUCCUCCAAAUACCCACCGUUUUCUUACGUAUUCGUGAAAUUUAUCUUUUCAUCUUCCACGAUGGAGAAUGACAAUGAAAUUUCUGAAUAACGUGAACGUUAUAUCGCACAAAGAUGCGUGCAAUGUGGAUCGUUGAUCUAAUCUUAACGUUAAUUUCGCAUCAAGAUGCCGAUAAAACAGAAACGUUCGUCAUAGAAAAAUUCUAUGAAAGAACAUUGAUCUUACAAGCGAAAGCUUAAAUCUUGUAGCAAGAAGAAAUAAGAUGAAGAAGGCGUAAGGAGCCAACAAGAGCUUAAGAAGACGUCGUCCCUGACUUUGAAAGAGGGUAGCAGGGAGUAAGGGGUGAGUUCACUGGGGGGACUAGAAGCUAGGGUAUGGAGGCGGUAGCGGGGAUGGGGGUUGAAUCAGCGCGGGGGUGUAUGGGGGAAUUAGUAGAUGGCCGUGGACAAUGUGGGGGAUACUUUCUCAUAUCAAGUAUGGCCGCCAUCGUGGCACGAUGGCCAAAACAAUAGUAAGUAGAGAGACCAGCAGGCAAUCGUCGUCUCUCGUAAUUCCUCGCUAACGUCGUUUUUUUCACCCCAUCUAUUUUGAAAAUUCUUAAUCUCGGAUUACACCUUUGAGACAACACUUUAAACGUUCCCUAUUGUUUUUCUCGUGUUUCAGUGCGCAGUGAAUAAAGUGAUGUUAUCGUCGUUAUCGUCGCCGUUAUCAGUCGCAAGCUCGUGCCUCGUUUAUUAAAAAGGAUUCAUCGUCGUAUCACUAUAAUUAAGAAAUGGAUAAUGGCAAGAAACCAAUCAAUCGUGAACAUUUUGAAUUCUUUUACGUGGGCAAAUUGCUUCUGAUUACGGGCGACGAGUAAUCGAUAAGCUGGUACGAGAUUGGGCCUGUCACGACCAAGCAAAAUGUCCUCGACGAUGGCGCAUGAGACGACGACGAUAUCGGAAUUGACGGAAUUGGACAGCGACGGAUCGAGUUGCGGAGAACGCGACGCGAGGAAACGUCUUCGUUUCGACGCGGAUUCAACAGGGCCGAAGAAGAGACGAAAACAAACGACGCCCGUGAGAUUCUCCUCGACGUUAAUGCCCGGUGUGCACGAAGAAUCGAACGAGGACGAGGAAGAGGACGAGGACAGCGAAGGUAAGCUGUCGUCGCAAUCACCCAUACCGAGUCAAUCAUCGAUAAGAGACGAGAACCUGAAUAACGAAUUCCGUUGCAAAUAUUGUAGUCAGUUUUUCGAUAGCAAGGAAACGUUGAACGUUCACCUCGACAAUGAGCACGGUUCCGCGAAUCAGAUUUCGGAACAAAGUCAAAGUAGAUCUCCGAAUUCCGUGAUCAAACAAGAACCGUCUCAGCAACAGGACCAAUCCGAGAAUCCCGUUAAUUUGCUUAGCGUAAAAAACUUCGCGAUAAACUGGCUAGCCACCGGGCAACACGUGCAAUCGCAAGCACAAAUGCAGACGCAGAACGAAGAAUCCUGGCCCGGGCCAGCGAGUCAAAUUCCGCCGUUACCCAACCACUUGCAAAUCCUUUCUGGCUUUCCUGGCGCCUUGGCGCAGUAUUUACCUAUGCCCGCGUUCCCAUUGACGGACUCCGGUUCUAUCGCCAGGCCCUCGUUGGGACCAACACCGGUCAGGAUCUUUAAUCCGGACGCGUACUGUGAUCUGUGCAAUAAAGAGUUCUGCAACAAGUAUUUCCUCAAGACACACAAAGCGAACAAGCACGGUAUCUAUGUCGAUUCACCGGGACCCAGCACCGUCGACAAUAGCAUUCCAGGACCAUUGUUCCCUACCAACUAUCCUAGUAACAUGAUUAAGCUAGAACUGCCCGCGACACCACCUACACCGACCGUCGCGUGUGAUCUCUGUCAGAAACGUUUCAAAAACGAGGAAUCGAUGCGUAAACACAAGCAAAAGAUGCACGUUGAAUUAUUGGAUCAGUCGCAAGAGUCUCAGAUCAAUUUGUCGCAAAACGAAGAGGACAGGGAUACGUCGAGAGAUAGUCUCGGCGGUAUGGAAACGUUGUUUAAGCAAGAAUACGGGAUAGAACAAGAGGAUGCAACGUUCGUACCAGCACCCAGACAUCUAUCGCCUCAAUCGAUUCAACAGGCACGAGAGUCUGGUUUCAGCGCCGAUCGACUUCGUCGUUUAGGGGUUAUAAAUCCAGAAGCGUUUUGCGAGAUAUGUUGUAAAGAGUACUGUAAUAAGUACUUCCUACGGACUCAUAAAAUGAAGAGGCACGGUAUCAUCGUUCAGGACAACGAAAGAUCGCCUAGCAAUCCAGGGACAGCGGCCAGUUGGCAUCAAGUGCAGACCAGUCCGUUAAAUCUGAUCGUGACGGAGAAUCCUGGUAGCACGGAAUCGAACGAUCGAGUCGUCGACGAUUACGAGUGCAAGUUAUGUGGUAUACGUUUCCAGACGAUUGACCUGUAUCAAGCUCACUGUCGGAAGAUGCACGAGAGCGAGGAACAACAAUCGCCUAGGCAAGAGUGCGAGCUAGAUAUAUCCGAUCAACGGAACGAUUCGAUCUCGGAGGAUCUUCAAAAAUUGCAGACGAUGCUGUUGCAACUGAACGGACUCAAGCCUACCAAGGGAUUAUCGUGCAACGUGUGCGGAAAAGAAUGCGAGACCAGAGCAACGUUGCAUAUUCAUAUGAUAACGGAACACGGCGCCAUCCAAGAAGAUUCAACAUCCUCGCCGCAAGAAAAGUCACCCUUAACUACAACCUCAGCGUUCUGCGCCCUAUGUGGAAAAGAUUACGCGAGUCAGGACGCUCUCAGGAAACAUAUCGCCGACGAACAUCAACCAGCGGUUUCGAAUACCAUUCCUCAAACUCCUACAACCACAGCGACAACGACCAAUUCGAAUUCGACCAGCCAAACUCCAACCGAAAGAAAGGUAACAUCGAUGACGCCAACGUCGAGCUAUUGCGAGAUAUGCAACAAGGAAUUAUGCAAUAAGUACUUCAUGAAGACGCAUAUGCAAAGAAUGCACGGUAUUGAGAUUGAAAAUGGAGCCCAGAUCGGUGGCGUGAUAUGCAACAUUUGCAACAAGGAGCUGUGCAGCAAAUACUUUUUACGCGUUCACAAGCACAACACUCAUGGCAUAGUCGACGAAAAUACUCCCAGUUCGGUAAAGCAAGAGACCCACGAGGCAUCAAACGCGGACGAUGCUGCUUUGAAGCCGGAGCAACUCGGUGAUCUGAGUCACAGAUAUUUCACCCACUUUACAGAGGUUUGUCCAAUCUGUAGCAGAAGGUUCCGUAGUAUAAAGUGGUUAAAGGCUCAUCUGAUGAGUGAUCAUGGGAAAACAGGCAUCGAUAAAUGGCGCGAGAUGGAGCAACAAUACCAAACAACGCCGAAAUCGGGCAAUAGAACGGCGAAUGUAAUAUCGAAGAACCCUCAACAGACCUCGAAUUUGAAGAUACCGAAUGGAUUUGAAAUCUCACAGCAAAUCAAGUCUGCCGACUACACUGGUUUGGGUAAUCAAGUUCUGUCAAAUUUACUGGGGUCAUCCUCCGAAGAUCAACAGUUGAAAAGCUAUCGCUGUUCCUAUUGCAAUUUCACGACCACCGUGUUACCGUUUCUCUUCCUUCACGAGAGAUCUCACGUGAAUUCCCGUGACAACGAAGGAGAGAAAUCGCUUCAAUGUCCGAUUUGCUCCCAAGGUUUCCAUCAGCCGGAAAUGUUGCAUCAGCAUCUCCUCACGUCGCACCAAUUUCCCACGUUGCUGCCUCAUUUUCAACCCCCUGUGCUUAAUAAUUUAGGUCUAGACGCGGAGAAAUUGAACGAGGCCAAAGAGAAACUCGAUCUGGAAGCGAAGGAGGAGCAUACGAGGAACAGUCCACAAGUUACCACCAAUCAAAAUAUUCCCGAACCGAUGAGAAACAAACAACAGGACGAAACAGCGGUCCAAGUUACUCCUCAUGGUGUAUAUAAGUGCGCACAGUGCGGUUACGCGACAACCAAUUUAAACAGAAUUAAGAAGCACGUGAGAAAAGAUCACAAAACGAUCAGCGAUCCUACCGAUAGCGUGCUCGCCGAGCUUAGCAGAACUUUGAAAGACGUUGCCAACAAACAUAAGGUACCAGCUUGCUACGCAACGCCACAGGAUAUGAAUUCCAAUCCUGACAAAACGAUCAUGCAACCAUUUUUAAUCGAGGAACAGGACACGAUGCAAGCUGGAGAGGAAUCCAGCUCGGAGAAACGGUUCGCGCCGGCUUUGGUCUAUCUGCCGGUUAAAUCGCGAAUCAACAACGCGCUCACUGCAUCCUUCACCCUCAGUCCUGCUUGAAACUCUUCCUUCUUCGCAUCUACUCCUAUGGAUUUUACAACUUGUUUCUACGUCUGCGAUUUGAGCACGUGUUAUCAGUUCCUACGUAAAGUGUAAGAAAAUAGUUAGCGAAAGUUUAUAUAUUUUUCAUAUACGUGGCUCGUCGAGGGUUCAACUCAUUCAUCGUUUAGCGUACGCGUACUAUCUUGGUGAAAACGAUUCACUACAUAUAUUUCCUGGGUAUUUGCCGACGAAUUUUCAUCCUACGCUUUUCUCGUGCAGUGAACGAGGAUCUAAAAAAUGCGUCCGCGUAUUGGCCUAUUUUUUUCGCUUGUUCGAUGACUCUUGUCACGACGUAUAUCGCACACAUAUGUACAGAGUAUUUAUCAAAAUUCCCGGAUUCUGUUUCUUUCAAAGAACAGAAUGAGAAAAGGGAACCCGCGUUUGAAAGCCACGUUGUUAUACUGUUCCAAUUCGGGAACGUUUUAUUGUACAUAAUAUAAUUGUAUAACUGACACGAACGUGUGAUCGAAAAAAGUUCCUAUUUUAAAUGUGACCGACCUCCGAAGAGAGUAUACUAGAUCGUGUCUAAUCUUUCGAACGACAGCCUCCUUUGUUCGUUUUAAUUAUUCUCGUAAUGCCGCAAUUUUGCUUUUUGCUCAAGUCCAGCAAUUACGAGCGAUACAAGAUAGAGAAGGAAACGAAAGAAUUACACGACGCCAUCUCGAUGUUCGGGCGUCGUUAAUACAUAACUGUAUCGAUAUACCGGUGGUUUUUCAUUUUUCGCGAUCGUGCUAGUCAAUAUUUUAUAUAUAAAUAUAUAUAUAUAUAUAUACAUAUAUGUAUAAGCAAAGUUGAAAGGUAGGGAAGAAGAUUUAUAGAAGUAUUUAUAUGUAGACGCGUUAAAAUAUGAUGAAUAACGUGAGGAAAAAGAGGUAAGGACAAAAAAGGAGGACGAAAGAAGCGUAAUUACGGUAACUGUGAGGCAAGCAUGAUUAAAUCUACGGUUACGAUAUUUAAGUAUCAACGAGCAGUGAAAGCCAAUCAACUCAGGGUCGACACAGUAUAACCCGCAACAAAAAGUACAAUCGUAUACACAGCCAACGCAUUACAUAGAAUUAAAAUAAAUAUAUCGAUAUAACGUUUCGCAAACCGCGGAUAUCAAAUAUACGCCAAUCGAUCUCUUCCCGUUCUCGGAAGGGACAAAACGACCACUCGAGAGAUAUUCGACUGUACGAUACCCGUUUCUUUAAAUUUUAAACGAUUAAAACUGUAUGCGCCUCUCUGAUUAUCUAUCUAAACUAUUUAAACAGUAAGAUCUUACAUAGUCUAGUCGUUUACAAGAAAUAGCAAACGUUGCCCCAACGAUGUCGGAAACGUAAAGUUCCUUUCCGAAAUGAUGUUUCAACCUCGUGCCUUGCAGCUGAAGAAACUGAGAAUCAAAAUUUCGUUAUCGCCAUAUAUAAGAGUCGAAUAGAAGUUGGACACGAUUCGAGUGUCCACGAUGUGAUGUCGUUUAUUUCUGUCGUCCGUAUAUACAGAGAACAAUUCGUACCACGAUAAUCCUCUCGAUCUCGUAAUGGCAGUUUCCUCUUUCUCUUUACCGUGCGUGUAAUCGUACCACUCUUAUCCGCGACGACUGACCUCACCGGUUAUAGCGCUCUUCGAUAUGGUCGCGUGUUAUUUAAAUUUCAAUAUAGAAAGAUAUAUACAAAAUUUAAAAAUAUCUAAAAUUUUUAAAAAGUACAUAGCAUAAAAACAUAAAAAAAAAAGACGCACAGAUGCAAGAAGAUUACAUGAUUGAUCGGACAGUAUUUUUAACCGUGUUUCCAAUUCUUUCACGGUUAACGGUCAGCAAACGUUCGAUCGAAACGUUGUAAAAGACAGCUGGUUUUACAGUGUGACCAGUGGAUAGCCAGACGUGCAGCCGUUCCGAACUCACCUCACCUCCCAAAAUGCAUUCUUUCCACCGGUGGGGUCCCUUCGAUCAACAAACAGGCGCGUUACGUUUCCGCCUCCGACGCACGCCUACGCAUUGUUAACCCUGGAUUAUGGAAUAAUAACGCGGCUCGUUUCGGCGACUUCCUUAUAUCCAUUGAACGACAUACGCACGUUAAUUCGGAGGGAAAUUUCAAACAGCGCCCGAUAGUUUAAUCCGACUUACAUUAUUUCAUUUUGGUUUCAUCGGCGAACGAAAACCAGGAUGAAAGCAGCGUUCGUUCGCCGUGUUCCUUUAAAGCGAAACAGUGUAAAUCCGACUGUAUCGACCGCGAGACGAACCGGACAGCCAUUGAAUAUACGUAUAUCGACGCGAACAAAAGACGGUAUCCAGUGGCGAUUCGAUAAACGCGAACGGUCAUCAGGCCAGAACGCGUUCCGCGCGAUCUAGAUUUAUGGCACAUCGGAAGCAAAAACGGUAGUCUCGACCGACCUUUGUCUCAGCACCCAUAAAAAUUUCCCUGGGACAGCUGAAAUUCGAGAACCGCGUCAUUUAAUAGGACACGUCUGGGUUUUCCGGCGAAAAUACGCCUGAAUUAGUAUGCGCGCACGCGUGCAUUAACAUAUUUUAGGGGAAGCCAGAGGAGGAAUCGGCCAUUACGAAUCUAUUGAGAGAAGAAGAGAGAAAGAACGAACGAAAUGUAUAGAUGAGGGGUACGGAAAUUAGAAGAGCCGGCGAUCAGAGAAAAAGAGGAAAAAAGACGGAGAGAAUUUUUAGUAGCAUUGUCGAGAUGGCGAGUUGGGUCCGGGCAAACGGUCUCACAUCUGGUCCCCUUGUGUGAAGGUCAUGUAGGAGAAAGGUCGUGACCUUGGCCGGGAUUUUUCCGAAAAAGUCCGACGGAAACGAGCCAAACGAAGGGGGAGGAGGGUGGAUAGCACGUAUCCUGUCCUUCCUCUCUCCCUUUCACCAUUUUUCUCACCCCACGGACGAACGGUGACAUGCAAAACGCGCGCGUCCAUGUAAAUCGGUACCCUCUUAAUUGCAUCCCAUGGAACUAUGCGUAUUGUGCACUUAAUGGCCCGUGCGCGGCAACGAGGGUCGUAGAUUUUAAUUAUUGUAACGACUCGCAGUCGAUAAUAAAUCGAGAGCAACGCCGGGGGCGUCAUGGUUUUUCACGUGCUGCUUGCAAUUUAUAUCGCCACGUACGAAUGAUUACGCGAUAAAAUAUCACGGUUCAUUGUGUAGAACAGCUUUCCUUUUUCGUUCCAUUUUUAAUAGAAAUUCACGGAAUUUCAUGGAAACUCACGGACCCUUGUCAACGUGUACGGAAAGAAAAUCAUGACGAUCCUAGCCAUCGGGAUCAUGAAAUUUCACUGCAAGCGGCGUGUCCUGAAACGAGUAUUGCCUUGACUAACAUAAUUGAGCGCAAAAUCAAAUUUUACCCGUUUAAAUCAAAAUGAUAGAAACACGAAAUAUAUUUAAUAUAUAUGUAUAUAUAAUAUAUAAUAUAUAUAUUGAUUAUAUAUACUGAAAAAUUAAGUAAGUACGUCAUAGGCUAAGCGCGUUUCGUACUUAAACGAAAAAGAUGAUAUAAAUAUAUAUAUAUAUAUAUACAUAAAUAUAUAAAUGAAUAUAUAUAUAUAUAUUUAUAUAUAUAUAUAUAUGAUCUGUAUUAUACUAUUAUAUGAUCAUACGUGUUUAAUAAGCGUAUCGUUUCAUAUAAAGUGUUCUGCGCGUCUAGAGAAAUUAUUUUUAGCCCGUCUAGUCAUUUUCGACAGAAUUUACAAUUCCAGAAACUGUUCUAGUCACACGACACAGUCAAAGAAUCAUAUACAUAUAAAUAUAUAAUAUGAAUACACACGAUAUAACUAACCUUGAAUGGUUUAUUGAUAUACAAGAUCGAUCGUAUAUUUUUAUAUAAGGUUGCGAAAUAAGGAAGUUCUUCCUUUGUUGUUUCUCAUUUUGUAUUAUUUUAUAUAUUUAUUUCAAUUUAUUUAUCAUAAUUUAUACACGUACGAUCGUAACGGUGUGCAUAAAUAAAGUAUUUUUCAUUUCUUUAAGUUCUGUUUUAUAUGAUUUUCGUUUCCUUUCGUUUCUUAUUUAUAUAGUUACUCGAAACCAACCGCUUUUACGUUCCCAUUAAAGUUUUACCGUUUUGCCGUUGCACGACAUCAACUUGUAUAAUUCAAUUUACUCAAACGUCAAUGCACGUCAGAUCGAUCAAUUUCGCUGCCCCGCGUUUUAAAAGGUGCCACUCCUACGAGUUUUUCAACGCGAUGCGAAAGGGUGCCCUGACAAAUUAAAUGUGACAAAUUGCUCGCGUGUCCCGCACUUUUGUCGUUUUAUCGAACAAAAAGUGUAAGUCAAACAUGACCGUAUCCGGUUUCCUUUCCAGUACAAUUUUUUUUUUUUUUUCAUCACACUCGCAACAACGUAGAAUUGGGGAGAAAAAUUGGAAAGAAAAAGAGGGGUGGAAACGCGAAAAGAGUCGGAGGGAAAGAGAAGAAAGAAAGAGUUUCCCUUUCUCGAUGAUUCUUCGUGAGCGUAGCGAGGGAUAAUAUUUUAUGGGCAAACGAAAGGAAAAGCGGGUUGGUCAAUUUUCAGCGAGAGGGAGAGCACGAUCCAAAGACGUGAAACGCUUGCGCUAUAUCGGACUUUUCUUUUUGGUUGAUGGCCGGAGUCAACGGUUUGAAAAGGGAAGGCGGAAGGCAACAGUUUCUAUCUCUCUCGAACCAACGACCACCAAUGAGUAAAUGACACACAGCUAGCCCCUACUCUCGUACGUAAACACACAAACGUACGUACACACCGAAAAUUGGACGUCUACCCACCCACACCCACCGGGGAUAUGUAUAAAAAUCAAUAACAUCUUGCGGUUUCCAAGAGCUCCGAAAACGGGGAAAUAUAUAUGGAGGGGAAUUACAUUCCCUCCUAUAGACAAAAGAACUGCCAAUUUUUCAUUAUCGUUCGCCUUGGGGUAUUAAUUAUCGAUAACAACCUUAACCAGCCUCGAUGAUGAGAAACCAUGCGAGGAAAUUGGUUUUUUUAAAACAAAGACGAAUGAAAGUCAAAAAAUAAAUCAAGUAGAGAAGAAAAUAACAAAACUGUAAAAAGAUGAAAUAAAUCUCUCUUUAUUUCGUUCUCUAAGAAUCCAACGACAAUAAAUCUUUUCAAGAUAGAACGUACCUAUAUAUAUAUGUGUGUGUAUGUAUAUUUCUUUUUUUAACACAUCGAUACCUUGUAUUUUUCAAGCAUUGCCAAGGGCAAACGUGAAACGACGUUUUUUAUUUUCUCAAGAGUUGCCAUAUUUUCCAUUUACAUAUUCACCUUGCAAAAUUGUGCGCGAGGUAACAGUACAAGCGAUGCAACAGCAUGCCACAGUGUGUUAAGAGAAUAAUACUGACAUUUCAAUUCAAGAAGGCGAAGUGCAUCGAUAUAGUAAACCUUCGAAUGCGGCCGAUGUUUCGUUUAUCGACUUGCUUUCUUUCACCCUACAUAGGAUAAAAUAAUCGGGAUCUUUGCUUCUGUUUCCCCGUCAAUUAUUUACGAAGACAGUAGCGAUGGUGGUGAUAGUAGCGGUGGUCGCGUCUCAAAGUUCGUGGUAAAUUUAAGAAAGGUAUCGAACCGUACAUAUCCCUCCCUCUUUCCUGGUCCACCCCGUUUCUCCUGCUCAUCAACUACCACAACCGCAACGCUGCUUAUACCCUGACAAGGAAGUGAAUUGCAAUUAUCAAAGCCUCUCCCUUCUCGAACCCACUCCCCUCCUCUCGAUACACUCGCCCCUUUCGUCUCUUCUUCCUUGGCUCCGCCGUUCACUUUCUUUCCCCUAUCGUCCAACAACUUGGAAAUUUCAUCCCCCCGUAAUAAUUUCGCCACCACGGACACUACCACACACAGUCGUGACCGCCGUCUUCGACGAUCAAAAGAAUCCACGUGGCGAGAUGAGGGUCGACGAAAUAUUUCGCUACGUAGCGAAUUUCGUGAAACCCUAUUGUUCGAUCUUACGAAUGAGAGUGUCACCGCCGAAGAGAAGGACGCUCACCGUAGACAAAUUUCGACACAAAUCAGAGUACGGCAGAAUCUCAACGACGUUCAUUGUCAUUUAGCCUUUUCUUCUUCGAAGAAUGUCCUAGGAUAUGUGUAACUUUUUUAUCGGAAGGAUUAAAAACAGAGCCAAGUAGUUCGUCUAUUGACACGAUUUUCAUCGAAAUCGCGAGUACGCGUUCGAACGUAUACACGUGACAUCGCAUCGGACGAAUAUAUAAAAUAUAGCCAAAGCAGUACGAUAAACGAAUCUCGUAUCAAGGUAGCUUCCCUUGAAAACCGUGCUACGGAGAAAUGAAAUAUCGGUGUCAGUUGCCUUACAAUACCGUCGCUAGAAUCGCGUAACAUUGAACAAAAAAUUCGAGUGCGCGUAAAAUAAAAAGGCUGAAAUUCAUGGAAUCCUUUCACCGAACUCACCCUCGUUUUUCUCCGCGCGACAAAUACACGAUCGCUUUUCCUUUCUCUCUUUUUUUCCUUUUUUCUACGAAUCAUAUAUGUACACACACAUACACGUACGUACAUACACGUAUAUACCCUUUUUUCCGGUUCAACGAUUUCGGUGGGGAAUAUCCAGAAAAAUCCGCGAUUCGAGAAAAACUUGGCCGAACGGGGUGAAAAUAUCGGCAUUGUUCGACGGUCGGUUUUCGGAGUUUUAAAAAGGGGCCGCGGAAAAGGCGCACAACCCUUUAUUUGUUUAGCAGCGUUGUGGCGCGUGAAGCGUGCCGGCUGCGCGCCAUGGCAUACGCUUACCGUUUCGACGAAUUUCACCCCAAAUUUUCAGCUGGCACGCACCCCAGCCGAUUUACACAAUAUUUUGGAAAUCUUUUAUAAGAUUUCGUCCCUCCGCCGCUCUCAUGGCUUAACACGAGCCCGUUUCCGAACUCCAUUGUAACCGACCCGCCACUCCCCUGUUUUCUUUCCGACGACCUGUCGACGAACGACCACGACGACAGAUGGGAACGUGCCACUGUUCCGAGGAAUACCGCGCGCACGACCAAGGGUUCGAGCGACAAGAAUGAUGGGAAAAAAAAGAAAAGUUUGUAGAACGCAUCGAAAUCGUGAAAUUAGGGUCGAUAUCGGAAAAAACGCGAGGAAUUAACAUAGCCAUUGUGAAUAGGCUCCACCGAGCGGAAGGGUGAACCGACUCACGUGCACCCCUUUUAAGCGACACGUGCCUUUCGCUUUUCCGCACCUCUUUUUUUUCUAUGCUUUAAUGAAAUCCGGCGUAAACGAGAAACACAAAGGUGCGAGCGAAGUCGUAAAUUAAAUUUUGGUUCAAGAAACGCGAAAGGGUACAAAAUACAAGUCCGAAAGACGCGUGGUGGUAAAAUAUAACGUGCGAGCUCGUACUUGAUAUUUUUGUUUGAAAGUUUGUUACGCGGAGUGGCACCUGGCUGAAACCGAUAGGUGGUUAAUUCUAACACUAGAACUAUCGUAGUAGUGAAAACGACCAAUCAGAAUUUUUCAUACAAAUUUUAUACACUUACAACGGUACAUUAUUCGGAAUUUAAGGAAUACGAACGAAAGCUUACUUGUUCGUUUUUUAUUUUGAUUUUCUUGGUACAAGGUUUAUAAUUUAGUCACCGAUAUUUCUAGCGUUGAUCGUGAAACGCAUUAAGUUUACACAAUUACUCCUCACCACCUUAUUCCAGCCAAAACAACUUCGAAACGACUGUAUUUUAUAUAUUAUGUACAUACAUAUACGAGGAUCUAGUAAACUUAAGUUUCCUCUUAUGUAAACUUGGAAAAAUACCUGACAAUAAUACUUCUUCGGUUGAAAAUAUUACGCAAGCGCUACAAAAAUUUCCGAACGCACAGAAAUAUGUGCAUGACACAACAUAUUCUACUACUACUCUUAACUCACGUAACAACUAAUUAUUCGUGUUUUUUGACUGAAACAAGCGACAUGACUGUCGUACUCCAUGGGUGGAGGAGCAAAAAUAAUAGGUUAUCGACGCGCAAAAAUUCGGCGCUCGAGACAUACUUAGGUAACUUGUAAAUAUCACUGAUGAAAACGUUUCGCACGGAAAUGAUAUGAUGUGGUAACGUGAUACAAGACAACUUAUUAAGUUCCUAUUAACGUGUUAUAUAAACGUACGUUCCUAAGUUAAGCUUUACUUAAUCGAAGUUACACCACGCGUUAAUGUUAUAAUUGGAAGGAAUGACCCUGUCACAAGGCUCUAGAUCAACGGUGUGAUUAUAUAUACACACAUUUAGAAAUUCUGUUUUUACGUCUCUCUAAACAACAAAACAUGUAUGUAUGUAUGUACGUGUGUGAAUUGUGCGAAUUGUGUACACUAUAAAGUUAAGCAAUACCGUUAAGCGGCAAAAUUAUAUCUAGCUGAUAAGGAUAUCGUAAUACGUAACAUGGAUAGUGGGAUAAGUCACUGAGAGAAAAUCAAAAUUAGUUGUUAAAUGUAAAAUGGCGAUACGCGGAGCUACUAUCCAAUCGCGAUAAGUAUUUAAGAAAAUAUUCGAUCGAUAAGUACCACAAUUCAGGGUCCCCUAGUUGUUUCUCUCUUAGCGGAUAAUGGUGAAAUAGUGUAAUUAAAAUGAAUGUAUCUAUUCGGUGAACCACAAGUACAAGUAAAUACUGUUUCGAUGACGAAUUAUUAAAAUAUAUGCGUAUAUCUGGUGCGCAGAUUAUGUGUGUGUAUGCAUAAUGAACGGUCAUCGCAAGAAUUCGACGUCAUUUUGUCUAAUUAGAUACAGACAUACAGACAGUAUGUUAAUUACGAACAACUGUGACAAGGAACAUUAAAACGGAAGACUAUUACAUUCGUCUGAUAUGAUCAGUAAUUUUUAAGCCGGCUACUUAGUCAUUACCAACGAAACGAACAGAAAAAAAGAUAAAAGAUAGAGAUAAAUAAAGUUAAACAAGUUAAGAACAUAUUCGCAACAAAAUAUUUUUUUGGAAAAAUCCAAAAUAUACAAAAUUAUUAUUUUUGCAAAUAAAAGAGAAAACGAGAGAGAAAGAGAGAAAGAGAGAGAGAGAGAGAGAAAGAAAGGGAGAGAAAGAGUAGAUCUUCCUCAAUACGGCGAAGAUACAAGACUUUUUCACGAUAUAGAAGAAUAUCUUUUUUACGCAAUAGAAUGUUUUAUCGAGCAAAAAGGACUACCAAUUCUAUAAAAGACGAAAAAUGAAAAGAAAGAGAAAGACAAGAGAUCCAUAAUUUUAAGCGUAACGAGAGCUGUAACGUAACGUUAGAAUACAGCAAACCGAAUGUUCCUAAUGUAAUGCUUUCAUCUAAAUACAUAAUAUAUUUAUAAAUAUUUACACGAUAGAGGUUCUAAUAUUUAUACCUUGCUCUAUAUUAUGUUUCGACUUUCUUUUCGAGGAAUAAAAAGAAAAUUGAUAUUAAUAUACGAGAAAUUAAAUAAACAAAUUAUGGAGUAUUUAUAUCUGCGAAUAAUAUGUAUAUGCGAGAGGAUCAAAGUAAAUGCGAGUCGAAUGAUCGAAAGAGACAAUUUGCAACGUGUCCAGUAUACCUGACCUGUAUGGAAAAACGUGUAUUGUGCAACCACAUUUUCAUUCUUUCAAUCUAAUGCAAACAUACAGAAAUUGAUCAAAUUCCAUCCGGAGACACAUACAAGCUCUUUUAUAUAAGUUAGGUAUACAAUAUCUCAGAAAAACUAUUGUAUGUACAUUUCUUUCAAUGAAUGCUUUUACCAUCGAGCGAAAAAUAUCAUCUGAAACCUUUGAGAGAUUAUAAACGCGACACGUAAAUAGCUUCAUUACAUUAAUGUUCAUCAAUUAGAUUUGACAUUCACUUUAAAAUUGUUGUUAGCAAUUGUUCUGACACGACCGAGGGUACAAAAAUCGAAGGAGCGAAAAUCAAAAUAUUCGAGAAUCAAAAUUACAAUGUAAGUUCAUAGAAGUUCGUUGUUCGUCGAUAAAUAUUAUUUGUUAGUCAAGAAUAGUUGGAUACGUCCAAUAAUAUAGUCUAAUAAUCAUUAACUCUGUCGUUUCAUUCUCUGUUCCUCACUCUUGUCAUAUAAUCAAUAAAAUCCCUUUCAAUCCGCGCAUCAAUAAAUUCCUUUCAAUCUUUUUCAUUCGAAAAAAUGUCUUUAUUGGAAAAAAUUUACGCUUUUAUCUCGUGCAAUCGCAUGCGUUUUAUCAAAAAUUACUAAAUGAUUAUGGUCUCAUUAUAAAAUAUAUCAGCUUAGAUAUUAUACAUCCGAAUGUUUUGUGCGUCACACACAAAAAGAAAGUAAUGAUAUUCCAAUCAAAAACACACCGAUAAAGAUUUUGAUAAAGCACGAGUUAAAUAUAAUCAUUCAUAGAACUGAUAAAAUCAAAUAUCGCAAUCAUUUAUGCCACGACACUCGAGUUUAUAUCUUAACUGAACAUUAGAUCAAUGAAAAUCGUAACGAUUAUCUUAAUUUUUAUUACAUUACCAUAUGUGCUUUCAUGAUACUUACGACAGAAAUUUCUUAUUAUUGUAAUCUCUAUUAUCAAUGACAAUUAUUGUUCUUUGCAACAAACAAGGCUCUCAACGUACCGUCGACUGAAGGUUGUCAGUAAGUAUCUUUCUCAUGAUCAAAUAUUACAAAAAAUACUUUCUGAAGAUAUCGUUUUAAAGUCGAUGGCAAUUGAGAUUUUAAAUUGCACGUAAGUCGAUAUAAUCUUUAGUAAUAAAUAGUUUUAUCCUUUUAGAAAAUCUUGUCAGGAAAAUCAGUUUUUUUACAUAAUCUCCUUGAAAAGAACGAGAGAUAACAAUGGGGAUAGAUUAGAAUUACUUCUUUGGAAUACGAAUGAAUACGGGCAUUUAUAUUUCCUCGCGUUUCUGAGAAUCAAUGUUUCCCUUAAUUUAUCAUAGUAAUUUAAGCAAGAACAUUGUAUCGAGAAUAACAAUACAUUUUCAAUAACAAUCACGUUGAAAUCUAGGACAAUGACUACACUAUGUACAAACUGUUACACAUAACGCGGUAAAAUUAAAAAAAAAAUUGUUUUAAUAUCAAUAAAUAAUAGAUACAUCGGAAAUCUCUAUUUUCCACAUUGCUAAGAAAUACAUCGUGAUAAUGCUCCAACAAUAAGAUAAAUGCAAUAGAAGUAUCAUUUGUAUCGUUCCAAACAAAGGAACAAAAAACGAAAAUAAAGAUAUUAAAUACAGUAAGCUCGUGAAAAUUCGCUGCUAAUCAGACGGUGCAUAAUGCAUUUUAUAAUGCUGAUUAUAGCACACAAAUCGUGGAAGGGAUUCACUCGUUUUACAACCGGCAAUAAAGAUGCUAUAAAGCUUGUUUACAUUGGAGUAUUAUAAUGAGCGAAAAGUGCCAAAUGUCAGCGAGUAGAAGAUUUUAUUGUUUUUUUCACGGUAACGAUAUCGGAACAGUUAAUUCAUUAUCUGACGAACGCGGGCUAAUUCAGUUUCAUCGCAUUUUUAGAUGCCUUGACGUAAUCAAAAUCGAAAAUAUAAUCAUCAAAUCACAAAAUUAUAAUAUUUACUUAGCUGCGUGUAUUUCGAUUUAAAUUAUAAUUGUUUGAUCUUUGUAUAACGAAUAGACAAGCGCGACACGGCAGUUAGACUUACCUCUUCGAUCUUACUCCUUCAAUAGAAAGUAAAAUCAACUGUACUGUAAUUAUAUUUUGAAACGUAAAUAUGAACACACAUACUCGACCUAUACUUUGUGUUAACGUUUGUAAUGAAUAUCCUCGUCAAAUUAGUCUUCAACCGACUCGCGUAUCACAUCGGAUAUGACCUAGCGAAAGACGUUCGUAAGUCGCGUUGCUAGACGUUUCAACGUCAAAAAGUGUCAAUACGCGUAUUUACAGUGAUUUCUAGGAAAAAGGAGUCGAUUAUCAACCGCGCACCGCGUGAAAUUAAAAUCGCUGCGUCAUGUGCAUCUGCGAUUCUCUAAAUUGAAGGAGUAAUAAACUCUACACGAACCGAGAUAUACUUCUCACUAUCUGAUGAAAUCACUCUGAAACUGGAGGGAUAAGGUGAGGAAAAUAAUAAUAUUACCCAGACAGUUGUCUCGAAUCGGCGAUGUAGUAGUCGAAUCGAUGUUAAUUCAGAUGAAACGUCUUUGGAUGAUAACAAGUUCGCGAGAGAAAUUAACGGAGUCGUUGAAAAACCUUCAUCAUGAAUUUUUCGAUCUAAUCUAACUAUGUAAUUAACUAAGCAAUUUAAAUUUUGUUCUCUUUUAACGGCAUUGCAUUCGUUCGAAGCCGAUUUUAAUAAUCAGAUUUUCUACGAUAAAAAUUUUAAAUUAUGCAGAGAAGACUAAUUGCUUUAAAAUAAUUACGUUUGUUAGUGGUUUUUAAAGAAAUUUGCAUAAUGCUAUACUAUUAUCAUGCAUUUGCUGACAUCAGCUAUCAGAUCUUAAAACUGCACGACAACGCGUGUCGCGUGUUAGGUAUUUCCCCGUUCAUUCGCGAAUCGCAUUGGAUAUGACGUCAUUGAAAAGAACGAAGGUAAUCCCAUUCGGUUCGCGUAACCGCACGCACGGAAUACCAAUUAUUGAGAAAUUCCUUCGAAAAUGAUCAUGGUGCGAAGCCAACGGAUUUACAUCCGUGCAAUUACAUUUGCAUACCAUAGGAUACUGUAAAAUGGAGACGAAUGUAUCUUCUCAGCCGCCGUAAUAUUUAAUCGAUUGUAUGUGUUGCGAAUUCUCAACUAGGUGAUGAUCAGUCAGGUUGCAACUGAUCGAUUGAUAUCACGAACUGCGAACGCUUUUAACGUUCAAGGUGGAGAUAGAUUAAAGAUGCCGAGUAAUGUUACGUGUAAUUGAUUUAUUCGCACUGUAUAAUAUAACACGAAGAAUAUGACGCUCUGAUGAAUUCUGCUUUAAGACUGCUUGAAGAAGCUUCGCCUGGUCCUUAUAUACUAACUCUCCAUCCCCGAGUUUUCCUUCUUACCAUGUUCUUUUUUUUUUUUUCAUUAAUAUUUACAAUCAAUUCUCGCAUUGAGAAUUUUCAGUAAUUUUUUCUGGCGUGGCGCAGUAACAUGGCUAAUUAUUUAUAAUAAAUUAAUACUUAUUAUAGAUAAGUAUAAUUUAUAAGUAAGUGUUAUAAAUAAGUAAAUAUUACUUAAUAUAAAUAUCUAAUUAAAUCUAGUGUUUAGGUCUAACGGGUAGUGUCUCUUCAGCCUGCGGAUCUGGUCCGUCGUAUCAAGUAAUCCAGUAAUUAGGGUGUUUCGAUGUUUGUUGACUUUUUUGCUAUAUCUGUCGCUAUAUUUUGCUAUUUCCUCUUUGACUGUGGGAAUCUUGAGGUCGCGAUGUAUUAUUUCGUUGGUGACAUACCAGGAUGCAUUUAUAAGGGAUCUUAGCGUUUUCGAUUGGAAGCGUUAAAGUAUUUCAAUGUUCGAAUUACUUGCUGUUCCCUAUAGUUGGAUUCCUUCUUACCAUGUUGAUGUUUCAACUGAAUAAACAUCUUACCAUUGAUUUUAAGAGGUGGGAAUCUAUUCCUCAAUCUUGUAAUUGUGCAUCCUGGUGGGCGCAUAUCCUCUAAUAUUGCCCAUUCAAACUGUAUGUUUACUUUAAAGCGGACCCAUUGAGUACGUAGGGUGUUUAAUCUCUUAGGCUCUUAACAAGAUCCGCAUCAUUAAGUUUACAACUUGAGAGGUAGGAAAUUUUGGGUUUUUCAGGAAAUUAGGGCUUUCCAAGGGUAUUCGGACUAUUUAAGAAAGAAAGGCAGAUAUGCUGUUAGAGUCAUAAACGGAUUUACAUUCACAGUCUAUAUUGAUAGUUUACAUUGACCUAUCCUAACACAUUCACAAUUUAUAUUGACAGUUAUACUUACGAUUUAUGUGCAAUUUACUUAAAAUUUUACAAUUAUAUUGACAAUUUGUACUUACCACAUGUAUGGACAAUUUACGUUCACAAUUUAUAUUGAGAGUGUACAAUGACGACCAAAUCCCUAACGGUAUUUUUUUUCUACUAUUAUUUAAUCUGUACUUUACAAUUUCUCCAACUGGGCAUUCGGUAAAUCUUUUUAUCUUAAUUUCUAAGCAUUCUCAAUGCGAGAAUUAAUUGUAAAUUUUAAUAAAUAAAAAUAAAAAAAAAUAAUUUCUAAGUAACAUGUGAAUGGCUACCCCCAGCGGGAUACCAUCUUCGAGUUUGACUAUUUUAUUUCUUUAGUAAAGUCAGUGGGGGUUCUCUUUUUAGUCUUCUUCCAGGAGACUUUUGCUCGCUUCAGCAGCCAAAUGGUUUGGAUCUAUUGCCGUGCUCUCCUUGUAUUUUUCUGCCUACCUGCCGAUGUCUUCUUUGACCGUUGGUGUUCGAACAGUAUGAUAUUCAACGUUCGGACCUUUUCAUACAAAACGUACGAUAUUCGUGCCCGUUUAUCCUUCCAUUAAAAAAAAAAAAAAAAAAGAGAGAGAGAGACUUCCUAACAUUAUACGUCCUUUUUUCCAAUAUUGAAUCACUCACCUCGAGCAAUUUCGCAUAUUAAAUCACAUUAGACAAGAAAUAAUUAAAAAGAGAAUUACGAUAGAGAUCUUUACUGAUGAUCGAAGAACAGAUACAACAAAUGAAAGCACGCGAAUGCAAUAAUUAAGAUAAAUCGCUCUUUUAUCUCGAUCACGUACGAAUGCAAAUAAAAUUGUUAACAACCUCGAUCUUACAAGGACCAGUAGCUCGGAAGCGAUUAAAAAAUACGAUUACGCUUCUUAUGAUUAUUUUUGCCUUCUAACAUGAACACUACAUUUAAUUAAAUUCAAGGUUUUUCUCGAAUCUAUAUCAUUCGUUACGCGUACGAUCAUAUUAUAUAUAUGCGAAUAAACUGCAUUAGAAACGCGAGAGGAGACGCUAUUCCAGACUGAGAGUCAUGGAUGAAACAAGAAUUUCUCGCAAGUGAUAUAGCGAAUCAAUAAAUGAUCUACGAUCUACGAUCUAUUUACAAUAAGCUUCCCCACCACCGUCGGUCGAGAUGGCGCACGUGGGUAUGUCCGGACAACAGUACCUCGCAGCCAUGCAUUUGAGCGGCCGAAGUGCCAACAAAUGAAGUAAAGCUUCUUUUAUCAGUCAGCCACAACCGCUUGAGCGAAACAGUUGAGUUCUGGAGUCGGUGGUGCAUUUACCGUGCGAAGCCCAUUCCGUCAUUUUGUUUUUCCCCGGGAUCUCUACCUCUGUGCACCUUUCCUUGUACAAUUCUCAGAACGCUGGAUCGAACAUCGAUCACAGUGUGCCAUCGUGACACGACGAAGCCAACUUUUUAUUUCGGCUCACGUAGCACGGAUCGAGAAGAGUCCCGUACAAAAUCACACGCGAGUUCAACAACAAGAUCGAGCAGUGAACAAUCAGAAGUGGCAAGGUUAAUCAAGUAUCAAAGAACAAUAAACACUUUUCAAGGAAACGUGGACACGCUGGCGCAAAUUCCUCAAUACAUCGUUACUACAUCAAGACUGACCGAAAUAGGCAGAUCUGACGUGAAAGUAUCACAAGUCGAUCCUGCACUUUGCCAAUAUCGUGGAGGAUACUACAAAAUUGUCCGUCAACGCCGAACUCGGUACGU